UUCGUCAGCGUUCCCGGAAGUCUCGUGAUGUAGCACCUCUUGGGUUUAGAAACUGUGAGUCAGUUUGAGACCAUAGGACUGCAGCGGACGCCCUUUGCGACGAUACGGCAACCGGGAGCAAGGAGAAGAUGGCGGAGGAAGAUACAAAUGCAGAGAACUUAAAGGAGAAGGCGAAUAAUUACUUUAAAGAGCGAGACUAUGAGAAUGCGAUCAAAUACUACACGGAGGCGUUGGAGCUCAAACCGUGCAGCGCCAUCUACUUCUCCAACCGCAGCCUGGCAUACCUGCGGACAGAGUGCUAUGGCUACGCCCUGGCCGACGCCACCAAGUGUCUGGAGAUAGACCAGAACUACAUCAAGGGCUACUACCGCCGAGCCACGUCCAACAUGGCCCUGGGCAAGUUCAAGGCUGCACUCAAAGACUACGAGACGGUAGUGCGUGUGCGACCUAACGAUAAGGACGCUAAGAUGAAGUACCAGGAGUGCAACAAGAUCGUGAAACAGAAAGCCUUCGAGAGAGCCAUUGCUAGCGACGAGAUUAAGAGAUCAGUUGUAGACUCCCUAGACAUCGAAAACAUGAUGAUCGAGGACCAGUACACAGGACCGAAGCUGGAAGAAGGGGAGGUCACAAUGAGGUUCAUGAAAGAGAUGAUGGAGUGCUUCAAAGACCAGAAGAAACUGCACAGAAAGUGUGCUUAUCAGAUUCUGAUCCAAGUCAAAGAACUCUUAUCCAAACUACCCAGUCUUAUUGAGAUCACAUUAAAAGAGACAGAAAAGAUAACCAUUUGUGGCGACACACAUGGACAGUUCUACGAUCUUAUAAACAUCUUUGAGCUGAACGGCUUACCCUCUGAGACCAACCCCUAUCUAUUUAAUGGAGACUUUGUGGACCGUGGUUCGUUCUCCCUAGAGGUCAUCCUGACUCUGUUUGGCUUCAAGCUGCUCCUCCCUGACUCCUUCUACCUCCUCAGAGGUAACCAUGAGACUGACAACAUGAACCAGAUGUAUGGUUUUGAGGGGGAGGUGAAGGCCAAGUACACCGCUCAGAUGUUCACUCUCUUCAGUGAGGUCUUCCAGUGGCUGCCUCUAGCCCAGUGCAUCAAUGGCAAAGUCCUGGUGAUGCACGGGGGGCUCUUCAGUGAGGACGGAGUGACGUUGGAUGAUCUGAAGAAGAUCGACAGGAACAGACAGCCCCCCGACUCUGGUCCUAUGUGUGAUCUUCUCUGGUCAGAUCCACAGCCACAGAAUGGCCGGUGUGUGUCUAAGCGAGGUGUGAGCUGUCAGUUUGGGCCGGAUGUCACCGAGCGGUUCCUUGACCAGAACAAUCUGGAUUACAUCGUCCGCAGUCACGAGGUCAAGGCAGAGGGUUAUGAGGUCACACACUCAGGGAAGUGCAUCACAGUCUUCUCAGCGCCCAACUACUGUGAUCAGAUGUGUAACAAAGGAGCGUACAUCCAUCUCAGUGGAUCAGACCUCAAACCACAGUUUCACCAGUUCACUGCUGUGCCUCAUCCGAAUGUGAAGCCCAUGGCGUACGCCAACUCACUGAUGCAGAUGGGGAUGAUGUAGAGGCCAAGCCCAAGUCGCUCAGUCUGACCCCUGACCCUGGCCAACAACAUGCCCAUACUGUGCUCCAUGGGAUCUCUCGCCCAGCCAUGCCUGAGUAGCUCCCUUCCCCUUGGCCCAAACUCUUUGAUCUCUGUAGUGAUGGAGCUUUCACCAUAUGACCGUCACCUUACUGCUCUGCAGAAAUCAAAGGGUUAUUGUUAAGGGGAAGAAAUGGGAAGUGAAUUGUGUCCAGUUCCGAUAAUCCCUACUGUUUCUUUCAGAGUGUCCAACAUGGUAGGGUCAUGGUAUAUUUAAGGCAGGAAGAGACAACAUGGUAGGGUCAUGGUAUUUAAGGCAGGAAGAGACAACAUGGUAUUUAAGGUAGGAAGAUACAACAUGGUAGGGUCAUGGUAUUUAAGGCAGGAAGAGACAACAUGGUAUUUAAGGCAGGAAGAGACAACAUGGUAUUUAAGGCAGGAAGAGACAACAUGGUAUUUAAGGCAGGAAGAGACAACAUGGUAUUUAAGGCAGGAAGAGACAACAUGGUAUUUAAGGCAGGAAGAGACAACAUGGUAUUUAAGGCAGGAAGAGACAACAUGGUAUUUAAGGCAGGAAGAGACAACAUGGUAUUUUAGGUAGGAAGAGACAACAUGGUAUUUUAGGUAGGAAGAGACAACAUGGUAUUUUAGGUAGGAAGAGACAACAUGGUAUUUUAGGUAGGAAGAGACAACAUGGCAUUUUAGGUAGGAAGAGACAACAUGGUAUUUAAGGCAGGAAGAGACAACAUGGUAUUUUAGGUAGGAAGAGACAACAUGGUAUUUAAGGCAGGAAGAGACAACAUGGUAUUUAAGGCAGGAAGAGACAACAUGGUAUUUAAGGCAGGAAGAGACAACAUGGUAUUUAAGGCAGGAAGAGACAACAUGGUAUUUAAGGCAGGAAGAGACAACAUGGUAUUUAAGGCAGGAAGAGACAACAUGGUAUUUAAGGCAGGAAGAGACAACAUGGUAUUUAAGGCAGGAAGAGACAACAUGGUAUUUAAGGCAGGAAGAGACAACAUGGUAUUUAAGGCAGGAAGAGACAACAUGGUAGGGUCAUGGUAUUUAAGACAGGAAGAGACAACAUGGUAUUUAAGGUAGGAAGAGACAACAUGGUAGGGUCAUGGCCAAUAGCCAAAUCGUGGCUAUUGAUAACCAACCACCCCUACCAGUUUGGUGUUGAAGCAUCCAUUUUGGAGCUGCUGGGUUUGUAGUGAUUAGACUGGUUAAUCAUACUGUACCUAACCUUAACCAUACUGUAUGUGGGGAGGAUGGCUCAAUACUGGCUCUGACCCUAAUCAUACUGUACCUAACCUUAACCAUACUGUAUGUGGGGAGGAUGGCUUAUUACUGGCUCUGACCCUAAUCAUACUGUACCUAACCUUAACCAUACUGUAUGUGGGGAGGAUGGCUCAAUACUGGCUCUGACCCUAAUCAUACUGUACCUAACCUUAACCAUACUGUAUGUGGGGAGGAUGGCUCAAUACUGGCUCUGACCCUAAUCAUACUGUACCUAACCUUAACCAUACUGUAUGUGGGGAGGAUGGCUCAAUACUGGCUCUGACCCUAAUCAUACUGUAUCAUAAUGGCUGGAAUGUAGUUAAUGGAAUGUUACCAAACACGUGGUUGAUACCAUUACAUUGAUGCCAUUAUUAUGAGCCAUCCUCCCAUCAGCAGCCUCCAUGGUACAGUUUUGAUACUGUAUGGAGCUGGUUUGUAUCAAAGAAUUGGAAUGAUCCGCGCUGUCACAGCAGUAAAACUGUUCUGCUACUGUAAAACAUACUGUUGGUUGACCUACUGUUCGGUUUGUAGUGUCUCUUGUUGGGUUGUGUGAGCAAUAUGUGCUACAGUAUUGGUACAUAGUUUUAUUAAAGUAUUUUUUUACAGUAGAAAAUGUGGCUAUGAUUCCAUCUUCAGGAGAACAUGAACCUGGUUAUUUGACUCCAGUCUCACUCUGCACGGUGCCGUUCAUUCCUACUAGUCCGAUGGUUUAGACACAUGCUGUACAUGUAUGUUGUUUUUCAACAAAGCUGAUCCUUGUUCUGUUUUGCACUACUGCACCUUUUCUCUACCUGUUGCUGCUCUCCAUGUUAACUCUUCAGCUCAGCCCAUCAGUCUCCUGGUAGCUCCUACACAACCCCUCUUCUCUCCCAACCUGCUUCGCUACAAGGCCAAGCACUGGUGUGAUGCUCCAACCUGCUCCACUGUUAGUCUACCAGUGACUUUGCCCAUUUGCAGAUGUUUGGCUCAGACGUCCAGACACCAAGCGCCCAGCUGCCGUGUCCCUUCAACUUUUUAGAUCAUUCUAUACACUGAAGUGUAUAUCUGUGUAUGUAUGUAUGUAUGUAUGUGUGUGUAUGUACGUACAUAUGUAUGUAUGUAUGUAUAUGUAUGUGUAUAUAUAUAAUUUAAAAUACAUUCUGUGUACAUGUUUGGGAAAAAAGUUAUUUGAAUAAACUUUGUCCACUGAUUUUGAAUGAAA